AUGACUCGCACAUAUGAGGCUGCCAUUGUGGCACUCAACUCCUUGCAGACGAACUAUGCGAUUGUGGAGGAGCUCCGAAAAUCCGUCUCCAGGAAGGAGAUGAAUGAACGCUCCAUUCCGGAGACAGUUGAAUGGCUUCAGCGUAUUGGAUAUAAGCCCUCCGACCUUGAUCGUUUGAACCCAAUUCAUGUCGCUGGAACUAAAGGCAAGGGAUCGACAUCUGCUUUCAUCUCGACCAUUCUCUCUCAGUAUGUCCAGUCGGAGAGCGACGAGUCGACCCCGCGCCUGCAUAAGGUCGGCCUAUACACCUCCCCGCAUCUUCGGUUCGCGCGAGAGCGCAUCCAGAUUGACAACGCACCGCUAUCGGAAGACCAAUUUGCCAAGUACUUUUUCGAAGUAUGGGACCGUCUCGAAGAGGCCGCCAAGCUGGCCGGUCAGGACCCUACCGCGCCAGGAACGAAGCCUCAAUAUUUCCGCUACCUGACCUUAAUGGCGUUCCAUACUUACCUUAGUGAAGGUGUAGACGCAGCAGUCAUUGAAUGCGGUAUUGGAGGACAGUAUGACUGUACCAAUGUGGUUGAGAAGCCGAAGGCAACGGCGAUCACCAGUCUUGGUAUUGAUCACACGGCGAUGCUGGGUACAACGAUCGAGGAAAUCGCAUGGCACAAGGGUGGAAUUAUCAAGCCUGGGGUCCGCGCCUUUACCGCACCUCAAGCGCCCAGCGCAGAGAAGGUGCUAGCGGAGCGUGCAGCGGAGAAGAACACCCAGCUGGAUGUGGUGUCCGUUCACCCCGACCUUCGAGUGGGUAGUACCGAAGUAAAGCUUGGACUUGCGGGUGAUUUCCAAUACACGAAUGCAUCAUUAGCCACCGCAGCUGCGGCCGAGUAUUUGAGAAAGACUGGCGUGGCGAAUAUUCCUGAGAACAUCAUGACCCAGCCUCUCCCAGCCAAAUUCAAGGCGGGUCUUGAGAAGACGCGACUUGGUGGCCGUUGCGAGACUCGAUAUGAGAAAAAUGUCUCGUGGUACAUUGACGGAGGACAUACGCUUGAGAGCAUCCGGCUGGCCGGUUCAUGGUUUGCAUCUCGAAUCCAGGAAGACUCAUCCUCAAGCGACGUGGCCUCGAAGAAGCCGCGCAUUCUGAUCUUCAACCAACAGACCCGGGACAGUACUGCUCUGGCUUGUGCUCUGCAUGAGACUCUUGCCGCCGCUCUGGGCUCUACGAUCCCAUUUACUCAUGCUGUGUUUUGUACGAAUGUCACCUAUAAGCAAGCAGGUUAUCGCCCUGAUUUGGUCAGCAUGAACACCAAUGCAGAUGACAUUGACCAUCUCCGAGUUCAAAAGUCACUUGCCGAAGCCUGGACCUCAAUUGACCCUCAUGCAAAAACACAGGUGUUUGGUACAAUUGAGGAGGCUGUGGACUUCGCCAGGGAUGUGGCCGCCCAGGAAAGUAAGGUCCUGCAGAAGGAUGAGGCACCAGUAAUGACUUUUGUCACUGGCAGUUUGCACUUGGUUGGUGGGUUCCUUGAUGUUAUUGAGACGAAGCCCUAUUCCAAGGAUGCUUAG